AAGCACUCAGGUAAUACUCGAAACAUCCCAUCAAGUAUUCCCUUUCGUUCCCAAAUUCACCAGAAAGAUCGAUAUGAAGUCUUCUUCUUCUUCAAGAUCAGUUCCCACCAUGUUUUUGCAGCUCACAGUGCUCCUUGCUUUCAUCAUCCUCUCAGCUUCCGCUGGGAAUUUCUACCAAGACGUUCAGAUCACUUUUGGAGGCGAUCAGCGCGCUAAGAUACAGGAGGGCGGCCGCCUUCUGGACUUGACUCUAGACCAGGCCUCUGGUUCCGGCUUCCAAUCCAAAGACGAGUAUUUGUUUGGGAGAUUCGACAUGCAACUCAAGCUCGUUCCUGGCAAUUCUGCUGGCACUGUCACUACCUUUUAUUUAUCGUCUCUAGGACCAGGACAUGACGAGAUUGAUUUCGAGUUCCUGGGAAAUUCUUCUGGACAACCUUACACAAUCCACACCAAUGUCUACUCCCAAGGAAAAGGUGAUAAAGAACAACAGUUCCACCCAUGGUUCGACCCCACAACUUCCUUCCACACCUACUCAAUUCUUUGGAACUCUCAACGUAUCAUAUUCUUGAUAGAUAACAUUCCGAUAAGAGUAUUUGACAACAAUGAAGCCAUUGGCGUGCCAUUCCCAAAGAACCAACCCAUGAAGGUUUACGCCAGCCUUUGGAACGCAGACGACUGGGCAACGCAGGGUGGGCGGGUUAAAACUGAUUGGAGCAAGGCUCCAUUCACGGCCUCUUACCGGAACUAUAACGCCAAUGCUUGUGUUUGGUCGGCUCAGUCAUCGAGCUCAUCGUGCGGCGGUUCGACCCAGUCUUCAAGCGGUGGGCAGGCAUGGCAGACCCAAGACGUUGAUGCGAAGGGCAGAAACAGAAUCCGAUGGGUGCAACACAAAUUCAUGAUUUAUAAUUACUGUGCUGAUGUUAAGAGGUUCCCUCAGGGUUUUCCUCCAGAAUGCAAGCGCUCAAGGUUCUAAGUCCUAUCUUAGGAUAUGAUAAUGAUCUGUGAUGAUUAUUAGCUUAUGUUGUGGAUUCUUUUCCCUGUGAAAAUUAUUUGUUUUGUAGAAAGCAAAUUCUUUAUUCUUUUGUAAUGAUAGUGGAAUAAUAAUACAAAUAAAUGCAGCUA